AUGGAAAACUAUUAUCAGUUCACGAAGAAAAUGAUAUUUUCAAUUGGAGUUGAUUUCGAUAAGCAAGAGAAAUAUAAAUUUCUUCUAAAAAUCUUGAGGAAUAUUUCUAUUGCUUUCACAGUGUUGAAUCUUAUUCAUUCUUUAAUGUAUUUUGCAACCAGUAAUAAGAAGGAUUAUCACAAUAUUUCAUCAGUUUCUAUGACUAUUUUCGGUUUACAAAAGAACCCGAAAGUUUCUCGUGAAUUGGUUCCUUGCACAAAUGGUUUGUCUUUGGAGCUUCAACUUGCUUCCUCUGUUGACAAUGUGUUUUGCUAUCAACUUUAUGCGGGACAUGUCAUUAUUGCAAUUCAAAUGAUCAUGGAUCAAUUGUUUUUGCUGAUAUCUGCUGAGAUAAAAACACAGUUUGACAGAUUAGGUGACAGAAUCAACCCAAAAGAAAGCGUCAAUACAAAAAAAGAACUGAAUGAAUUUAUUGACAGUCACAAUGAUUUGAUUUCAAUCUUCAAUGAUUUCAACGAUGUCUAUACUGGCGCGGUGUUAUUUGACGUAGUUACAAUGGCAGUCGGGAUUUGUUUUGUUGGUGUUAUGACAAUGAAUUUGGAUCUUGCACAUGCAAUUCCAUCAGCCUUAGGCUUGAUUUUAAGCGUUGGGAAAAUGUUUAUUCUUUGCUGGUUCGGCAACAUGAUAAGUGAAAGUGACAGUGCUGGUCGGAUAGCUGACGAAGUGUAUGGAAGCAAUUUCCUAAAUUUGAAUAAUUCGCUCAGGAAAGAUUUGGUUAUAAUCAUUCAAAUGUCUCAAAAACCAAGAACAAUUAGUGUGAGAAACGUUUUUUCUUUGAAACUGUCGGCAUUUUCUAAUAUUAUUCGAACAGCUUUCUCGUACUUUGCAUUGGCUCGAGAAUUCUUCUAA